ACACACUCACACACACACACCCCGCUACUGCAACACGAAGAAAGUCAGGAAGUAGAGCGAGGCGAAGGUUGUAAUGUUUCCUCGAAUCGUGCUCCACACGUGUCGGCCAGAACAACAGGAAACGCACAUAAAGUCAGUGGAUGGUACCACUAUUUCAACAUUUCAUGUCAGCUGCUGAUCAUCGGCUCACAUGCGUGUGUGUGUGUCCAUUAUCACGUUGUGUCCAUGUCGAAAGCGACUGUCGCCAAACUCACCGUACUCAUCUUCCUCGCCUUCAUUGUGUGUCUACCAGAGUUCUUCCCAUCAGAAGUCUUACAGGUCCAGUUUCUUUGUGCACCUUUUGACCCUUGUGACCCUAACAGUGGGCGUGACCAUUAUGACAGCCAGGCUUAUGAGAUGCAUGCCAGUGGAGGCAUCACUCGACCUCGGUGUGAGGCGCAAAAUACAACCAAUCAGGACGCAGCAGUAAAGCAGUGGUUUGUGUGUGAGACUCAUGCUGACCUGCGGCGUCUCCAUGACAACGCCUCAGCCUCAGAAAACGCUGUGGAGAUGAUCAUUACGCUCCAGAUUGUAGCUCCUCCCCUUCCCCGGAAUGUCAGUGUAAAUGGACAUUUUAACCACAGCGGACUUUACAUUGAAACACAACAUGAAACUGUGCUGUUCAGCUGCUGUGUCCGGAACGAGAGCACAUGGCAAAACAAAGACACAACAUCAAAAUCCAGCUCCUCGACACCAGGCAUCUUCUCAGCAGGACCUUCUGAAGGAAAAAGCAAAAGCGGUUUUAAUCACACACACUGGCCAAACAGAAGCCACUGCUUUGCUCACUUCAAGGACAUUCAGAGAAUGUCUCCAACAACAGCGAAGCCUUGGAGUGUCAGUACCAUCGUGUGGUUGGUUCUGGUGAUGAUGGUGGUCAUAUUGGUCCUUCUGGGAGUCAGGGAGCAGGUCUUUAAGAACAGAUAUUGCUGCCAAAAAAAGGUGAAACCGGUUCGACGUCCUCCUAAACUGAAGACAUUUUCCCAACGCAGAGUUAAAUCUUUAGGUGAUUUGCCUGACAAUGUAUCAGUGUUAAGCAUUGAAGAUGUAGAACUCUUCCUGGAGAAGACGCCAUCAGAUUACUCAAGAGAUCAUGUAACUCAUCAGAGAAAAGUCUCUUUGGUCUCCACAAAAAAGUUUCUUCACAUCUUUCAGGAAUCAUCCAGGAGAGGCCUGUCUCCAAUUCCUGAGCUAUCUGUGACAGAAGAAAAUGAGGAUGAACAUGAUGAAGAAACGAGGUCUGAUGGUGCAAUAACAGAAGAAGAGAGUGAGGUGUGUCUGGACAUCCCCUUAACACCAGCAAGCACACAUUCUGAGAACUUCACUUUCCUCCAUCAUCGUAGCCUCCCGUCGCUGGAAAGCUAUUAUUAAUCAAAAAGUCCUGGAGGAAUCGAUAUAAAAAGACGUCCAGCACUUUAAUCGCAGUGCUAUAUAUAUAUAUUUUAGCACAGCUGCAUUAAUUUUCCUCUCGCGGCUCAUCUGCAGACUGUUAGCAAGCUCAUUAGGUGAUGAUGUUAUGAUAUGUCAACGUCUCGCUAAUUUGUUUUUUGGGUCAGUGCAACUCUGUAAACAAUGAGAUUUUCUGAAAAGAAAAUUAUGAUUUACAUGAAAUUCGACGUCAUUCCUAAAUAAACAUGCACUAUUGAUUAAGCACCGGCUAAUCAGUGAGACGAGAAAAACAACAAAAAAACUCACCUACGUUGCUUAACCUAAGGCUAAGAAACACCUGAGAAAACUAUAGCAUACUGUAUAUAUUUUAUCAUCUGAGACAGUUCUAACUAAAAACCUAACUAAAGAACAAAAUUCCUGUUUCUGUUUGUCUUUGUUUAGGGCGUAUGCAGAUGGAAAAGAGCAAGUUGCUAACUCAGAUUAACAAACUACAACACUGAUUAAGUAGCACGAUGCUAACACGACACUAGAUAAGGCUAACACCGCAGGGUAACACCACACAAGCUACAAAUUAUCUAAAAACUUUGCUUUGGUUAAGAAGAAGCUAAAACAGUAAUAAACUCACCUCACCGGCACCUCGGAAGUCGUUUACUUAGCCUUGUAGGUCUACAGGUCAUGCUAGCUAGCGUUAGCUCGUUGCUAACGAGCUACCUGUGCUUUGUACUUAGCAUCUGCUCUUUAACUAGCAAACAAUGACGUGUGUAAAGAUGAAAUAAAUAUAUAAAAACAAUGACUGCCUAAAAACAAUCCUGUGAAAUAGGUAUUAUAUUAAUUACAUCUAUUUUUUUAAAUGGAUGUUAAAAAAAUAAAUGUUUAAUUUAUUGAAGAACAAUAAGUAAAAAAAACUCUUCUAUGCUGGAAUGCUAAUCUUAGAUUCAGUUAAUAGAUCGUUGUUUGUUCAUUUUUUUCCUUUUAAAAUCUUUAAUAUUAAUUAUAAAAGUAUAAAACAUGGGAAAAAAAUUACUUGUUGGUUAUGUAAAAGUGACAAUUUUGGCCUCGCACAAAAUUUACGUUUUUUUUCAUUACUUUAUUUUUUAUUUUUUUUUAUAUUUUAGUAUUUAAUUUUUGUUGUGUAUUCCAUAUUAUUUGGAUUUUAAAAAAAUAAAUAAAUAAAUAUAUAAAUAUAUAUAUAUAUAUAUAUAUAUA